UUGACCGGCUCUAUCAUAAACCCCAGAUAGCCUACAAAAUUUACGACAGAUGUUUUGGUUCUCGAAGUCCCUAGUUCGAUUUGCCUGGUUUGCCAUUUGGGUCUAACGAUAGUAAAUAUUGCGAGGAAAGUUUUCUAAAGCAGUCAAAUUUUGGUGAGUGCGGAUCUGUUGGCUUUGUUCAUUGAUUUUUCAGGCUGCUUUUCUGAUCAGUAGGGAAGAAAUCGGGAUAAGGCAACCACGUGCAAUCUGCCUCAUUCAACACUCAAACUUUCUCCAUCUUCCUGUUUUUUCUUGUCAAUUCCUCAGCAGCUCAGCAAAAUGAAUGAUCUUCUUACAAGGUCGUUCACCAAUUACCUUGACCUUAAACGAGAGGCCUUGAAGGACCUCGAGGCUGGUCCAGACAUGGAGAUGGUUGACUUGGGAAGCGAACAGAACCUUGGUCAAUUUUUUGAUGAAGUUGGUGAUAUAAAAGCUGACAUGGAAACUAUUAAGGGAUUUCUUAGGAAACUUCAAAAGGCCAAUGAAGAGACAAAAUCUGUUCACAAAGCCCAAGCCAUGAAAUCUUUGAGGGACCGUAUGGAUGGUGAUAUUGUCACAGUCCUAAAACAAACUAAAGCAAUAAAGGGCAAGCUUGAAGGACUUGACAAAGCUAAUGUUGCCAAUAGGAAACUACCAGGAUUUGAAGAAGGAACACCUACAGAUAGAACCAGAACAUCUGUUACUAAUGGCCUGCGAAAAAAGCUGAAGGAUUUGAUGGGAGAGUUUCAGAGCCUAAGGGAACGAGUUGUUGGGGAGUAUCGAGAGACCAUUGAGAGAAGAUACUUCACCAUAACAGGUGAAAAGGCAAAUGAGGAGGUUAUAGAAAAAAUCAUCUCCACAGGGGAGAGUGAAACUUUCCUACAGAAGGCCAUUCAGGAGCAGGGUAGAGGCCAGAUUCUGGAUACCAUCCAUGAAAUACAAGAAAGACAUGAUGCUGCCAAGGAGAUUGAAAAAAGUUUGCUUGAGCUGCACCAGGUCUUUCUUGAUAUGGCUGUGCUUGUUGAGGCACAAGGAGAGCAUCUUAAUGACAUUGAGCACAAUGUCUUUCACGCUGCUCAGUAUGUUGGUAAUGGUACCAAGCAACUUAAAGGAGCACAAAAAUACCAGAGAAGUAGCAGGAAAUGUAUGUGCAUAGGUGUGAUUCUGCUACUGAUUUUGAUUCUGAUUAUAGUCAUUCCCAUUGCAACUAGCUUCCAUAAAUCAUAGAAAUAUGGCAUAUAUGUCAUUUGUUGAAGGGCUAAGGCAUAAUAUACAGAAAUCAAUGCAAGGCAGAUUGUGAUCAUGGUCGGAGAUAAUGAAAUAUGUGUUUUGGGCCUUCAAAACGUUCCAUUAUUUCUUUUUGGCAUAAGAGGCAUGCUCACUCAUUGACAGCUUUUAAGUUUGUAGUAACUGAUAUAGCAGCAUGGUGAUUUGGCCAUGAAUAAGCUGCUGAGAGUAUAGGACUUCUUGUCAUUUUUGGAAGUGAGCCAAGAGUAUAGAGUUUUACUUGAGCUCUUUGGUAUUGCAAUGCCUCUGACUAAAAUGGCUUGGUUUUUUUCAGUUUAUGUAAAGCUCAGCACGAAGACACUGAAAAGGGCAUACAAUUCUUUUUCUGGAUUUGUCUAUAUAUGUAUUAUGGGCAUACGAUUCUUUGGUAUUGCAAUGUAGCAACAUUAAAUUGGCUUGUUUUUUUCAGCUUAUGUAAAGCUCUCUAUAGCAUGAAGAAUAUCUAGAUGCUCGAAAAGACACUUCUGGUUGAUCAUUACAAAUUCCUUAAUGUCGUGCUUGUUCAUUGUGAAUUAUAUCACAUUUUAAUAUAUAUCCUUUUUAAGAAUUUAUGUAAA